CCGUUUAAUACCACAAAGCCAGAUCGAAAACACAAAGGCAGAUAAACAACGUAAAUUCACAAUUUGCAAAAGAUAAAUUAGUUUUCCAAACAAACAAACAAUGGAGACGACCAAAACGGCAGCGGAGAAGCUGGCGGAGCGCAAGGCGCGUCUACUGGAACUGCACAAGAAGCGGCAGGAGGCGCGGACGGACAACCACCAGGAGGUGGUGGCGGAGGACGCCCGCAAGAAGCUCCCCAAGAACUGGGAGGCCCGCAAGCGUCAGGCGGAGUGGAUCCUGGCGGACGACAAGGCGCGAUCCGAGGCGCAGGCGGCGGGCAAGGACUACGAGCGUCUGAAGCUCUUGGAGGUCUCCGCCGUGGAUGCGGAUCGCAUUGAGAAGAAGCAGAGGCGCAAGGACAAUCCCGAUCUGGGUUUCUCCACCUACGAGGCGCAAACAGCCAGGCAAUACAACAGGCUGGUCAAGACCAUGCCCGCCCGCGACAUGGAGAAGUACGAGCGACAGAAACAGGAGCUUGGCGAUGCCUUCUACGGCGGUGCGCACACCACUCUGCAUUCGAGGACAAAGGACACGCCAGGUGCCAUCAACAAAAUGGUCACGGAUCUGGAGCAGCAGAUCGAGCGCCGCAAGAAGUACUCGCGCAGAAGGAUCUACAACGACGAUGCGGAUGUGGACUUCAUCAACGAGCGGAACUCCAAAUUCAACAAGAAACUGGACAGGUUCUACAGCGAGCACACGGCCGAGAUCAAACAGAAUCUGGAGCGCGGAACAGCCAUCUAAGAUUAGUCAUUCAUUAUUUCGUAACUA